AUGGGCCAACAUAUCCAGUUCUAUGGGCCGACUCGUAGUAGACUGGAGCCGAAGGUAGACCAUGAGCUCAUCGAGCUAGGGCAGAAGUUUUUCAAGAAGCUGACGAGGAAGCUGAAGGACGCAAACUCGUUCAGUGAGGCUGAGUUCAUGGACAUGCUGACUUUGUAUUUGGAGAAUUCGGCGAAAAAGGUUGGAAUCUCAUUUCAUUUCGAUAAAUUCGAACCGCGUUACGCUUGUAAUGCUGUUGAGAAAUUGGGGUUUUUGAUGGCUAAGGAUGUUAAAUGCUUGAUUGCUGAGGGUUCUGUUGCGUUGAGUGUUUGUGAGAUGCUGGAGGCUCUGAUAAUUAACGGGCUUGUCGAUCGUGCAUUCACAUUGAAUUUGAUUAAUAAGUUGAUCGAGAAACAGAAGUCUGACUUGAUUGUCUCGUGCGUGAAGCAUUUGCCCGAUUUGCAAGCUUACGACAUGAUGUGCAUUCUGAAGUACUUUCUGAUGCUUCCGGUCGAUGGGUAUGAGAGCCUGGUUAGCUUGAGAAAGGAUUGGGAGAGCCAUGCACUGUUAUCCAUUGAUAAAGCCAGUGGAAAAGGAGUAAAAGGGAAAGAGAAAAUCUUCGCAAAAGAGGCGGUCAUGCUGGCAUACGAUGGAUUUUCUGUGUCCGAAUUAUGUUUACGUUAUUUUCUCGCCUGUCCUAAUCUUGAUGAGGUGAUGUUCUCAGCUUGUGUUGGGAAAUUGGAUGGUGAGGAGAUUAAGGCAUUGGUUCGGUACUUGAAGAAGUGGCUCGAGAAAUAUGAGAGGUUCCCUCAGGUGGGGCCCUGUCACAAGGGGUCAUCGGUUUUAGGUGUGAAAGUCUGCGAGUGGGUCCCGUUUCUCGAGACUGUGGUGAAAUGUCUUUGUGUGAUUGUGGACGAGCAUUUCUCAUUUUUGGUUUUGCAUUCGGAGUUUGGUGAGUUGAGAACUUUAGAGGGAGUUGUUGGGUCCCUAGCUGCAGAGGUAAGGCUUUGCAGUGGUUUGGCUACUUUGGCGGAAAGGUUGAGAGACGAGCGCAAAGCUUACGACCACGAGUCUCCAGGAAAUUUUGCAUUUUGA